AACAGUGUCUGUACGUCGUGAAAAGCACAAAUUAUUACAAUAAACACUUGCGUGCAGAGGCACUCGAAAGAGUUGCAAGUGCCGUGUGUCUUGUUCGACCAUACACGACGAGCAAGGAGUGCUACAGCAAAAUGCACAAUCUACGAACUCAGUUUAAAGUGGAGCACGCCAAAGUAAAAUCAACGAAAAGCAGUGGCGCUGGGAUGAACGACAUAUACAAACCAUCUUUAUGGUAUUACGAGAAGUUAAUGUUUUUGGCGGAUCAUUGCUUGCCACGAAAAAGCACAGCCAUAGCCCUGACUCAACAUUCCAUGACUGAGGACAAUGAAAGUGAAGAGACAUGCAGUCUCUCUUCUCAAAGUGUGGAUAUACAACCAUCACCACAUCAAAACAUCGAAGGCUGUUAUAGUCUUGAUGUGGAUGUGCUGAACGAUGUACGCAUUGGGGAACAAUGUGGAGAAGCAGCAGCAGCAACAACAGCACCACCACCACCACAACCACCACCACCUACCACCUACCCAUGCCACUCAAAGCAGGGAUGGAAGAAGGAAGAGGCCUGGUGAUGGGUACAAGAGUGCUGCUGAGGUAAUAGCUAAU